AUGGCCUACAACCCCAUCCGAGAUCCUCAACGCGACCCUUACUCUCCCGGUAUGAACCCUCAGUACGACUCUCGGUCGCCUUCGCCAGGUCGGCCAUUACAACCCUACACUCAUCCAGACGAAGCCCAUUCGCGACAACAAAUUCCCCUUCAGAUGCCCACGGCUUCUAAUGACCGCCUAGCCAUGCAGCCGACAUACUCGGUAGAAAACAUCCCACAUUCUUACGGGCACAAUCAACAAUAUGAACAACAGUUACCAGUCGGACCAGGGGGAGACAUGGGCUAUGGAAGAAAUGACUAUAUUGUGUCUCCGGAGGAGCAUCACGACGCCUAUUAUACACAAUCAUAUUCGCCUCAUCCGCAGGGUGAUUAUGCGCUGGAUCCCUACCCUACAGCGGACCAGCCAUACCGUUUGGAUAGCGACCAUGAUCCCAUACUUCAGUCCGACAACUCGUACGGCCCAGAUCCGCACGGUCAGGAUGAAAUGAAUUAUGACGGCUACCAAGACGAGCAGCGUCCUACGCCUUCCCCGGCACCCAUACGGAGGUGGAAGACCGUUAAGGAGGUGCAGCUGUUCAACGGCAACUUGGUGCUUGAUUGCCCCGUUCCUCCCAAACUCCUCGCCAAUGUUCCUCAUGCGCAACCGCCGGAGAGAGACGAGUUCACGCAUAUGAGGUAUUCAGCCGCCACAUGUGACCCCUCGGAUUUCUACAGUGAGCGGUUCACUUUGAGACAGCGACUCUUCGCAAAACCACGAGAGACGGAACUGUUUAUCGUCGUCACCAUGUACAACGAGGACGAAUUUCUGUUUGCUCGAACCAUGAUUGGUGUCUUCAAGAACAUUGAGUUCAUGUGCAAUCGCAACAGCAGCAAAACAUGGGGUAAAGAAGCGUGGAAAAAGAUCGUCGUUUGCAUUGUUAGCGAUGGUCGUGCCAAAAUCAACCCCAGGACAAGGGCUGUUCUCGCUGGUCUAGGUGUUUAUCAGGAUGGGAUUGCCAAACAACAAGUCAAUGGCAAAGAUGUCACUGCUCAUAUCUAUGAAUACACCACUCAGGUCGGUCUGGAACUGAAGGGCACGCAAGUGUCAUUGAAGCCGAGGUCGGCUACCCCGGUUCAGCUGCUGUUUUGCCUCAAGGAGAAGAACCAGAAAAAGAUCAACUCACAUCGGUGGUUCUUUCAAGCCUUCGGUCAGGUGUUGGAGCCAAAUAUCUGUGUCCUCAUUGAUGCAGGGACCAAACCCGGCAAGGACUCCAUCUAUCAUCUAUGGAAGGCCUUUGAUCUAGAACCCUCUUGCGGUGGUGCUUGUGGCGAGAUUAAGGUUAUGCUGGACCACGGCAAAAAGCUCUACAAUCCUCUGGUCGCGACGCAGAACUUCGAGUACAAGAUGUCGAAUAUCUUGGACAAGCCGUUGGAAUCCGCAUUUGGCUUCAUUUCGGUGCUCCCUGGUGCCUUUUCGGCUUACCGUUAUAUUGCCUUGCAGAACGACAAGAAUGGCGAGGGACCGCUCGAGAAGUACUUCAAAGGCGAGACUAUGCACGCAGACGCUGGAGUGUUCACCGCAAACAUGUACCUCGCCGAAGACCGAAUCCUGUGUUUCGAGCUCGUCAGCAAGCGCAACUGUCAGUGGAUCCUCCAAUAUGUCAAGUCCGCCACAGGCGAAACUGAUGUUCCUGAUGGCAUCGCCGAGUUUAUUCUUCAGCGGAGACGUUGGCUGAACGGAUCCUUCUUCGCUGCAGUUUACGCUGUGGCACACGUCUACCAGCUCUGGCGCAGCAAUCACAGCGCCAUCCGGAAAUUCAUGUUCCUGGUCGAAUUCACGUACCAGACCAUCAACAUGCUUUUCGCCUGGUUCGCUAUUGGCAACUUCUUCCUGGUUUUCCGACUUUUGACGUCUUCCCUUGGUUCACCUGGCCCCUUGGGCAGGACUGGCACAGUUCUGGGCGUCAUCUUCGAGUUCAUAUACCUGGGCACGUUGCUUUACUGCUUCAUCUUAUCCAUGGGUAACAGACCCCAGGGUUCCAAGAAGUCGUAUCUGGCUAUGGUUAUAUUUUGGUCCAUUCUCAUGAUUUGGUUGACCUUUGCUUCAAUCUUCUUGACAGUGAAGUCGAUCCAGACCGAAGUUAACCAGAAAGACUUCAGCUUUUCGACCAUCUUCAACAACAGCACAUUCUUCGGCUUGAUCGUCUCUCUUGCGAGCACAUAUGUCCUCUGGUUCGUCGCGAGCUUUUUGUUCUUUGACCCUUGGCACAUGUUCACCUGCUUCCUCCAAUACAUUGUCCUCACUCCGACCUACAUCAACGUCCUCAACAUCUACGCAUUCUGUAACACUCACGACAUCACGUGGGGUACGAAAGGAGACGACAAGGCCGAAAAACUUCCAAGUGCGAACGUGAAGCCUGGUGGGAUGGUAGAUGUGACGAUCCCUCAAGAUGACGGUGAUUUGAAUGCCCAGUACGAUGCGGAAUUGAAGCGAUUUGCGACCAAGGCAGAGAAAGAGGUCAGCAAGCAAAGUCCGGCGGAUAAGCAAGAAGAUUACUACAAGUCCUUCCGAAGCAACGUAGUCACUGCCUGGAUGAUCACGAACUUCAUCCUGGUGGCCGCCGUCCUGAACAUUUCCGGGUUCGAGAGAAUCGAUACGGGCGACACGGCACAGCAGAACUCGACCAUUUAUUUGGCGGUCAUUCUGUGGUCGGUGGCGGGAUUGUCACUCUUCAGGUUCACUGGCGCAUGCUGGUUCUUGAUUGUACGAAUGUUCCGCGGUGUAUGA